AUGGAUGUCGAGGAGAACAUCAACAAGAAGACUUGCUCCGUAAAGGUGCAAUUUCAAAAUCUUGUCAAUGAUGCAGAACAAGAUGAUCAAAUGGAGAGCCAUGAUGUCUUGCGUACCACUGUCGCAGACCUCCUGACGAGGUAUGUUUUGUGGGCAGGAAAUCUGGGCGCGUUGCGAACGCCAUCAUCUAAGCUAUCAUUGGAUUAUCGUCUUUCGGAUUCCUCAGACGUACGGCAUGAGAUUAUGGUACAGCUACAAGAUAUUGCCGAAGCCUUAGCAGACUUGUCCGAUGUGGUGCGUGACACCCAUAACGAUCGAGAAAACCUGGAGCAAGAUAUUUCUGAUGAAUACUCCAUGAUACUCCUGGUUAUCUCAGGUUGUAUUAGUUCACUGUUCAAAAUUGGUAUUCUGGUACGAAAGUCGACCACACGAGAUCGUUUCGAACGGGCCCUUCAAGAAUCAGACUUGGAAUUCCCUCCACGAUUUGAUAUCCAACAUGUACACGAGAAACAUCCAAAAACCAGCCUUAGAGGGCUUGCUGUUCGUCUAGGGUCCGCGAUCACUAAAAGGAGACAGUUUAUCAUGUAUUGUCGAGAUCACAGGCUCCGCCUUGGUGAAGAGAGUGCACUUGAGGAUAAAAAGACGGCACAUGAGGAGCGUAGUUCGAGCAAAGCAACCACAUUUAUCCCUAACGAGGAACUAGCAGACAUCCAAAUGGAAGAGGACGAUGUAGCCUCGUUUGCAUCAGCUUCUACUAUUACGGAUUCUGAUCACGCUCUUCAACUGCCAUCACUGGCCAGUCUAUCGCCCGAUGGCCAGCCUUUCGAGUGCCCUAUAUGCUUCACGCUCCAGACCUUCCAAAGAGACAAGUCGUGGAGGAGACAUGCAUACCGCGAUUUAAAAGCCUAUGUGUGCACACUGGGGGACAGCAAGUGUGAUGAUCUUUUGUUUCAAGAUCGCGAAUCAUGGUUUAACCAUGAGAUGAAGACGCACAGGGCAACAUAUACCUGUCCACUGUGCGACCGCGCGAAAGCAGUGUCCAAGACUGACCUUCAAGCGCAUCUUACAGUGCACGGUAGCUUUGACAGUCAUCAGUUAGAGGCUCUUGCAGAGGGCGGCCUCGAUAGAGCCAACAAGAUCCCCGCAAGCGACUGCCCUUUCUGUCAGGGUUGGGCGGAGCAACUUCAAUCGAGAUCACUAUGCAGAAAUCUGGAUGAAAGGUCACCCCUUGUCAGUUUGUCUAGAUUCAGGAGGCAUGUCGCUACGCAUCAAGAGCAACUAGCCCUCUUUGCGCUGCCGCAGUCGAAUAAAGAAGAUGAGAUUGAAGAUGGGAUCGAAGAUGAGGUCGAAAAUCAAGAUACUGUCCAUCAUUCAAGCUCCGAGAGUAAUUCACAAAUGUAUUCUAUAGACCUGCAGGGUCACAUUGCCGAAGUUGAGCGAGUACUAAAAUCAGAAGAGAUCGACAUUGAACAACUUGGUGAAGCGGUAAGUGCAUCCUGA